AUGGAAUUCUCAGAGUCUUUCGAGCUUAGCCGAUUUGCAAGCCUUAAUAGUUGUAAUGGAUUCGACCCACAAAACAAUGCUGAGAAUAAUGGUGAACUAGAGGUGAUUUCCUACAGCUCUAAAAUUCACCAGCUACUUUUGAGUUCUCCUCAGAGUUCCAAAAAUAUUUCUUGAAAUGAAGUAGAAAAUGAAGCUAAUGACCCCUCGCCAAUUCUGGAGCCUCAAUCGGACUUAAGUACGAAUAAUGAUUCUGAUAUAAUUAUUCUAAAAGAAGAUGAGUAUCUCUCAAAUGAUAUAACUGAAAAGAGAACUUCCUUAUUGACUCAAUCACUAAAAGAGCCUUCAAAUCUGUCAGAUAAAAAAUGCUGACUCCCCCAUCCUUGAUCGAACGAUUGACUGUAAAAAUUCCUAAAAAUUGGGAAGAUUAACCCCUAUCCUUGAUCGAACGAUUUUCAUAUCAUGCAAAUUUUUAUAUAUAUAAAAAUAUAUUAGUUAUCAAAAGCAUGGAAAGUUUGCUAUUGAAGUUGUUGUCAGAGGUUUUGUGACGACAGGAAGCUACAGAAUCAACCAUCCGAAGUGCUGAUUUUAUUAGCAUAAAAGUCUAUUUAUUCGACUCAACAAAAUUUUUGAAUAUAAAAAUUUCAAUUGAAGAUAAGGUAUUGGACCUUAUUAAAAAAACAAUCAUCGUAUGCAUUAACAAUACUCCAAAGCCAAUUAAACUUCCAUAUGGGACUAAGUCUGAAGGUUAUGAUGUAUGCAUAAUGGAUUAUGACUCACAUAUACCUGACAUUGAUUUAAUUAUCGAUAAAAGCCUCAAGCUAAAAGAUUUAAAUGAAGACUGUCUUGGACUAUGCUGCUCGCCCACAUACGAGCCUGAAUCUCCUAUGAGAAAUGCUUCUAUAAUAAGGAUAUCCGAGUUCAGUAGAGGCAAAAUUUUGCGGGUUAAGUACCAAAAAAAUUGCAGCGUCAUUUCGAUUGAGCCAUCUCAAAAACUUGUCGAUGUUUUUUAUAAAUUAUUAUCCAAAUUUUCCAUUGAUCAAUAUUCGAAUCAUGCAAAUUUUGAAUUUAAAAUUGAUGUGGCAGUUGAUAGUGUCUAUCAAAGCGAGGAGUGUCCUGUUGAUAUGAAUAUCAAUGUAUGUGAUCUUCAGACUGACCAGAUUAAGCUUUGCCAAAAAAUCUUCAUUGAUUCUCCGUCUUAA